GACUGCAUAGGCAUAAAAAUAAGAAGGAUAACUAUAGGGUUAUCGACAUAAUUAGGAAAUUAGCUUAUUCAAACGUGUAUAAGAUCAAGCCUAAAUCUGCUGGACAGAUCUAUGCCUUAAGAAGGUCUUUUUGAGGAUACUCUCUAAGAAGGAGAAAGAAAAUGGUUUAAUGAGAUUCGAAUUUCACAUAUCUUCAACAUUCGAACAUCAUCUUCUACAAGGAACUCUUUCUGGGAUGGUCACCAGCGGCUCUCUGAAUAAAUAUGGAUUUUUAUGAUCACGAAGAUCUGUAUCAGAAAAUUGUUGAACAGAAGAAAAAGAAAUAAUUAUUUUCAGAAGCUGACAUUUGGGAAACUUUUAUAUAGAUAGUCAAAGAGCUCAAUGCCAUUUAUAAUAAAUAGAAUUUAGCAUAAAGAGUUAAAGUAAGCUAAAGGUUUGUAAAUAAAAAAUACACUGUUAAAUUAGGUGAUUUAAGCGUCUCCAAAGCCGCUAAGAAGGGUCUUGUCUAUACUCAGACGGGAACACCUUACUACACAUCGUCCAAGGUAUAGCAAGACGAGCCCUAUGAUUACAGAAGUGAUACUUGGUUUCUAGGGCGAGUUAUUUGUGAAAUGAUUAGACUGAGACUGCCUUUUACUGUUACUUCAAAGCAGGAGCUAGCAAGUAAAGCCAAGAAGAGCAGUUAUGAGAAAAUUUCUAGCUUAUUCUCAAGAGCCUUGGGGCUACGGUAAUUACAUUACUUAAAGUUUCACCCCUCAUGAGGCCAAGUUGAGAACAAAUCUUGCAUAUAUAAGCAGUAAAAGAGCAUCUUACAGAUGAAGAGAUCAAAGAUAUCAGAAUUGACUUGCUAAAUACUAUUAAAAUAAAA